CAGUGGCAGGAGCUGAUGGGUGGAACAAACGGGGCAUAAAAAGACUAAUAUGACUAACGGAUCCUGGAUGCGUGGUACCCUUAUUUGGAUCUACAGGAAUGUAGGCUCUAGCAGUUCUGCAGCUCUACCAGCCUUUUGCCUGACACUGGAACUGCUGCUCACAAAGUAGAAUCCUGCUGCUCUGUGGUAGGAAGGAUAGAGAAAGAACAUGGCCUGCAUUUUGAAGGGUGCUGCGUUCAUGUUAUACGUGCAAAAUGUUAUCUCCCAAGCCACGGAUCCCUGUUGCUCCCUUCUUCAAUAUGAUGCAAGAAAGUCCAUUGUUGCUGUGAGUUUCAUUGCAGCAUUCCUCUGUCUGAUCAUCGUUCGUCUCACAAAUGAAGUAACUUUCCCUUUGAUCCUAAACUGCUUCGGACAAACCAGUGUCAAAUGGAUACCAUUUUCUAAUGGCCAAAGGCAGCCUCUGAGAACUCAUUAUGGAUAUAUAAAUGUGAAAACACAAGAGCCUCUACAACUUGACUGUGACCUCUGUGCCAUUGUUUCAAACUCGGGACAGAUGGCUGGCCAGAAGGUGGGAGCUGAGAUAGACAAAUCCUCUUGCAUAUGGAGGAUGAACAAUGCUCCCACAAAGGGCUACGAGGAGGAUGUUGGGAAGAGGACAACCGUAAGAGUGGUCUCUCACACAAGCGUGCCUCUCCUACUCAAGAAUCCCGAGUACUUUUUCAAAGAAACCAACAACACUGUUUACGUGAUCUGGGGACCUUUUCGAAACAUGAGGAAGGAUGGGAAUGGCAUUGUGUACAACAUGCUGAAGAAAACUGUUGACAGCUACCCAACUGCCAAAAUCUACGUGACAACAGAAAAGCGCAUGAGUUACUGUGAUGUAAUAUUUAAGAAGGAGACGGGAAAAGACCGAGUCCAGUCAGGUUCAUAUCUGAGUACGGGUUGGUUUACCUUAAUUUUGGCUAUGGAUGCCUGCUAUGGAAUUCACGUCUAUGGGAUGAUAAAUGACACCUACUGCAAGUCAGAAGGCUUUCAUAAGGUCCCCUACCACUAUUAUGAGCCAGGAAGAGAUGAGUGCGAGGAAUACUUUCUGCAUGAAAAUGCUCCAUAUGGAGGCCAUAGGUUUAUCACAGAAAAGAAAGUAUUUGCUAAAUGGGCAAAGAAGCACACAAUAAUAUUUACACACCCCAACUGGACAGUGUCUUGAUACUGGUUUUCUUAAAUCUCCCUUAACAGCAUAUUACAAAAAUGUCUCAGUUUACAGUAAUUUUGCUUACAUCCGGCUGGCCUUUCUCAGCCUAGGUAACACUAAACUAAAAACUAAAAGACAAAGAGGGUGAUGGUUCAGCUGUUAAGCAAAAUUAAUUAAUCUCUGGAAGGCAGACACGUUGUUUGUUAUUUCUUAGGGUUUUACUCCACACAAUGCACUUUAUACUUAAACUGGAUUUUACUUCAAGGCAGUAGCAGUUAAAGGCAGAUGAGAUUUCCUGUAUCAUGAGAGAACACAUGAGAACAUGGUGGUCCUUUAAAACUUGUCCAUGACCUUAGUUAAUUAAAAUUAGUAUUUGCAGCUCAUUUGCAGUACUGCAGCACUAGUUCCAUUCGUGGUAUUAGUGGUAAUAGAAAUGGUAGUGGUAUUAGAAAUUUUCCACAAAAGAAAUAUGAGGAAAAAUACAGACCUCCAAGGUCUAUGAGUGAGUAAAUUUCAAGAAAUUCCUGAAUACAUUGCAUAUUUAAGCACUUGCAUAUAUGGUAAAAUUAGAGAUGAGCUGCACAUCGUUCUUGAACUGCACACAGCUCUCACAUGAGAAUAUACUAUUUACUCAAGGCUCCUGAUUAAUUCAUAACUUCUGAAAUGCAGCUUCUUACCACCCUGGUCAGGCUGCACCAUCUUCUAUGGUGUGUUUUGUAAUUUUUGAGGCUGUUGUCCCACAGUUUAGCUCCAGCAGCAUGGCACAUAGCAAACGCAGUAUUUUGCAGCCUGUGAUGAACCUUUGGCUGUAGUACCAAGUCUGCUGUCAGUACGCAAGCUGGUGAGUGUAAAGCUGUCUCAUGAACAUCUCCAUUUGCUCCAGUUGUGCCUUCAAGUUGCUCCAACAUCCAAAUACCAGUAUUUUGACAGUAUUUCCCAUGCAGCCAUCAUAAUUCAUUUUAAAUCUCCAGUUUCUCUAUCUUUGAAAAUGGGAAUAGUAUCUGUCUACCUCACGAGGGAGUUGUGAGGAUUAAUUUAAGUCCAUAAAACACUUUCCUGAUGAAGAAUGCUACAGAGCAUUUAUUCUUAACACAAAAACAAUGGUACCUGUCAUUUUUCUUGUCUGUUGGGUAUUCAAAGAAAGUGACAGCAUGUCUGGAUCUGAUGGAGAAUUGUUCUGUUCAUCCAGUUUCCUACUGAGGAUAAUUUGUAAUAGUGCGUUCUCUCAGCUUGCAUUGCUUCAGAUGGAGUUGAAAGAACUCACCACCUUGCAGUAUUAUCUGCACAUCAAGAGGCAGUUCAGGAAUUUUAAAAUAUACUCAUCUCUAGUUGAAAUAUGUAUUUCCAGGCUUAUUCUCAUGGAAAGUUUUCAACCGCACCAGACUCAUUUGUAAUAUGACCAUAAUUCAACUACACAUGUGAGUUUUAUUUAAACUAUAUUUAAAUUAAUGCUUUAAGUUUAGAAUAUGUCCUAUGAAUCUUUUAACAUCUGGAAUGUCACAUUUAACACUGUAAUAGCCAAUACUGUGAACACUUGAAAGAAUUAUGUGUGGAACAUGACACACAGGGUUUACUCACACUACUUAAACAUUAACCAACAGGAAACUUUGUAUGCUUUUGUAAAUCAUGAAAAGGGGAAAGUAAACAGCUAUUUUUACAUGUAAGUAUUUGUAUACUGACUCUUUCCUAUUGUAUAUUUGUAUAUAUAAAUCUAUAUUUUAUAUGUUCAUGGCAUAUAUAUUCUCUCAUCAGCAGCUGCAACUCUUAGGAUGGGGAGGAAAUCUCUUAACCAGUGUUCCUCCUCCUGAUCAUUGGUUUCUUUUUCCUGUUGGUAGGUGAUGCCAGGGUAUCAUCUCUCUUACCCCUUCUAUUUUCUACAAUAAAUGCAGCUUUCUGAUUUAAUUUUUAAUAUAGCUCAGCUUUCACUGCUUACUUUAGUGCUGUAAAUGUUCAUGCUGGUUGUCAGACAAAGGCUGGGGCCAUGCUUAUGAUCCUGGAUAAACAUCUAUAUUCAAAUACAUGCGUGACUUGAUGUCUCGCCUUCCUGUUUGGAAAAGGAGAACGAUAAUAUUUCCCUACUCCUUGUCUUGACUGACUUUCUUAUAAGCUCUUGAGACAGAUAGUCUCAUUUGCAAUGUAUUUGUAUAAUGCCUUGCAGAAGAGGUGCCCAAAGUGUCUGAAGGCUACAGGCAAUGCUAUAAUAUAAAAAUAAUUUAAAGUGGCUGCUUCUUGUCCCUGGAGUUUAAAAUCAAUUGUAGGCUAAUAUAGCAUGGGAUGAAAUCAAGAAGGGGAAGGGUCAUGGAUGGAUGAAGAGUUGUAGUAGCAAAAGACAGUGAGCUAGAUUUAUUGCCAUAUGCAUAUGCAACUUUUCAGUUCAGAUGGAUGGCUGGAUAGAUGGAAAGCUAAUUACAAUUUUGUAAUGUGGGAUUUGAAGAAUGCAGGACACACAGAACUAGGGAGAAUGCUCCACACGUAUUGUGCAGGGCAGCCUGGGAAAACCUACAGCUCCCUUCUGGGAUGAGGAGCUGAAAAGGACAACAUGAGGCAAAUGGAACUUGUAUUUAGAAGGUCUUUCUGUUAAUAAAAAGUAACUAUGGAAGUGCUGCACAUGAAGGUGGGGUUGGGCUGGACAGACUUACAUGAGGUGUGUCCUCACGAAACACAGUCUUUCUCUCCAACGAGACCAUAAGGAUUCUGCCCGAGUUGUGUUCACAUCCAAGGCAGUUUUUUAGCCUGAGAAAGUUUUUAAGAUAAUUAAGAACUGCCAAAUUGCCAUAAAUCUGUUGUAGAAUAUGUGCUUCAUAGUAAAGCUGUAUGAAACAAUAUCUCAUGCAAAGCCUAAGAAAAACACAGCUCUAGGAACAGCUAAAUGUACAGCAAAAUUGAGAACAUCAUUAGUGUGCAGUUGUCACAGAGCAAAGCAAAAGUGCUGCUCUCUGCUUGGAUUUGCAGUAAGAGCAGAUCCACUUUUAGAAACAUUGCAACAGGCUUCAUUCACACUAGAGUAAAUGAACAUCAGCUCCCUUAUUUAAAUGAGCCUGUCUUGAGCAUAAACUAAACACCUCUUUGCAUGAUUUUUAUUAUAUGAGUAAGAAACUGUGACCGCUGUAUAAAAGAUGAUUCUACAAAGAAAUGAAUUCAUCAAAAACUUUUAAAAAUCAGCACUGUGGUACUGAAGAAAAAAUCUCAGUACUUGGCUGUGUAGUAAGAGACCUUGAUGAUUCACCUUCUGAGAGCAGUUAAGACAUCAGCUGAGAAUCAUUUAUUACUUCUUUAAAAUAAAGCCUACUACAGUUUACCUGAAUGUAAUCAGAUCCUAAUUGCUUAUUCAUUCAAGCAGUCCUAUUUUAAUCAACUACUCGUGUAUAAAACAAGCAGGGAGUUUACCUGAGGUUUUCAAAAUAGUUCUUCACAUAGAGGAGUACUCACAAAUAAUUUGGCAAUUUUUUUGCCAUCAGUCAGCUAAGUAAUCACCAAAUGUUUUCUUUUAUAAUUUUGUCACUUUUCUGAAAUGCACUUUUUGAAGGGGGAAAAAAAAAGACAUUUAAUGUUUGGCUUGCUGUAGACUUGGUUUCAAUGAAUGUAUAAAUUUUAAUAUGUUUUAUGUUGUAUUACCUUUUGAUGUAAUUUUUUUUCAAAGGAGCAGAAAUUUUCAUAGGAAAAAAAAAAGGGUCUUUUUGACUGGCAAAUUGCUAAUUAAGAGGUAAUUAACUGAAUAACAUAAAAAACCUGGGUUUUGUUUUUCCAAACAAAGACAGCAGACAUGAUCCAAACUUCUCAUCUCCACUAGAUGUUCGGAUCACAUCCCUCUGCUAAUUACUAAGGCCUCUUCACAGAAAGAAAAAAAGUGGUCUAUGUAUCCAGCCAAAUUCCCUUUCCAUCUGGGCUGGGAGGCUCCAUCUGCAGACUGCUUCUAUCAGUUACAUCAGUAAGUGGGAAGGACUACGGAAGAGUUCUACUUAGGAGCAGAUGGUGUUCCAACUUCUAUAAAACACCCCUAAAGUGCUUUAGGAGAGGAGUACCCAUUGAUGUCUCCUGGAAAUACUUUUCCAAAAUACUCUGUUUCUUCAAAUGCCUUUAGCUCCUGUGUAGAACUAUUGUCCUACUCUCUCCAGUAGGAAUUGCCAGCAAUGGGAAAACAUGCCCUUUACGGGAAAAAGUAGGGGCAAAUUCUGUGUUGUUAAAGAUUUCUAUAUAAGCAACACCAAGGAUAAAGAAGUCAGCCUGACACAGCUUAACUGAAGACUCACUGAUUUAGGAAUCUCUGAGGACUCAGUUCAAAACUGAUGGAAAUCACUUUGGCAGGUUCUUGAAUACAGCAGCCAUCCCAGUAAAGCCUUUGCGCUCCUGUGUACUAAGGUAAGCAGUGUUUUGUCUGAGAGGUCCCAUGUGCACAUAAUGCAUUACAUACCUAAUACAGAGGAGCCCAUCCAACACUUGGAGGUUGCUCUUUAGUCACCUGCUUGUGGGCUGGCCAAAAGUAGGACCCCCCCCACACAAAGAUAGCUGACAGAAGAGCACAGGUGCUCAACCAGUGGAUGUGACCAGGUAUGUAAGAAUUAAUUUCACUCAUGAAUUAUAACUGUAUGGUGCCCUUAGUAAGUAGAAAAUCAGAAGGACUUUAUAUACUGAUGCUUAUAUUUUGCUGACUUUUUUUUUCUGCAUAUAUCUCAGAAAUAGCGUAUGUCUUUAGUUGUGCUUGAGCAAGUCUGCGGUUUGUUUGUGAUGAACCUUUGGGUACCCACAACAGUGAAACUUUGUUAUUGCCAAAGGAUCACACAGGAGCUGUCUGUGGGCACUGUGAUGUACUGUGUACAAGAGGGAGUUGUGGAUUUACUAAAAAAGGCCUAGUCUUCCUGGGUAGUUCUUUUGAGGAGAAGGUGUUUCAUUUUCAGCAGAUGUGUCUCAUUCUGUUCCUUUUUUCCUGAGAGGAAUGUGAAUGCAGAGGAAUGUGACUUAACCAUGGGGUACUGAAGAACGGUGUGGUAAAUAGCCAACAAACAGAUUCAUAUAUGUUUCUCUGGCUAUUGCUGUGAUGUAUAGCUAUCGACACAAACAAAAUCAAGAUUUUUGUAAACCCUGUAUUGCAUAAUCUACAGAAGUCUCACAUGACUGUUAUGGACUGAAGUCUUCUAGGCAAACCCUUCAGAAGGGGCUGAAGGAGAAAGACAGGGUGUCUCCCCAUUGACAGAGAGGGAGUCUGACUGUGGCAGAAGGCAUAGUAAUCUGCAUGGCAUCCCUGGGUCUGCUUCCCAGCUUUCGUAGGCUUCCUACUCAGCCGAAUCUCUGGGCCCUUUUCAGCCCCAUUGGAUGAAGUAUGUUCUCCAGCUGAGUUAGGCAGCCUGUGGGGUGCACAAAGUCUGCCCCGUCCUCCCCUUCUGUGGGGCCAGGGGAGUGGUGAUGGUAACUUGAGGGCGCGGAGGGACAGAUGUCAGAGCAGGAACGCUCCCUGGAGUCAGCAGCCCGGGAUCUUGCCCGGGGCACAGUCUCACCUCAGGUGCUGAACUCAGUUUCUUUGAAUGCGAUGAGAAAGAUAUCACUGGGUUUUGUUAUUGUUUGUAAGAUCAACUCACAAGAAGUCACCAUUUUGUGAGGGUCUUAAACAGCUGAUUUUGUGUCUUUUUUGCAUUGCUUGCUGUUAUUUCUUGGAAUUCCUCAACAUAUGCAACUGUCAGCGUCUGCCACUGCUCUUCUGAUUUACUGGCCAUAAAGAGACUGUAAACUUGAACUAAUGCAUGUUCUUACCAUGUAUUAUGCAUGAUAGCAUGUUACACAUUUUAUUCUCACACUAUAAUAAAUAAUAUAAGUUGUGUGCAAAGUUAGUUUAAGCAGAGAAAGUAGUGCUUUUCCUUUCUCUCAUAUCAUGUGUUCCUCAGAGCACUUUGCUGGAGCUCUGUAAGUGCUGUUAGCAGCUGGCAGCAAGGAAAUUGUUGAAACAGUCAAGAAAUAUUUGCUAAAUUUGACAUUUUUCACUGGAAUAUCAGAAAUAGUUAAACUUGCUUUUGUGAACCUACUCUAGUGCUCACAGUCAUAAUUCUGUGUUUUAAGGAAAUCUCACAUUUCAGUGUAACAUCAGGAAUGACUUUAUCAACACAGUGUCAAGAGGUUGGCGGGGCAAAUUUUUGACAUUUUUGACAUUUGUGGGAGUAUCUUUUUAAUGGAAAUUGCACAUAUAGAAGAUUGGCUAAGAUGCCUGUAGUUUUUUCACAUUAUUGCUGCUGAAAAUAGUAUUUCUGAGGAUGGCUGGGGAAAAAAAAAAUGUCUGCUCGUUGCUCUUUUGGCUGCUCAUCUGUCCCCUCCUCAUACAGACAGACACACACACAUCUGCAAACACAGAGAGUAUAUAGGGAAAGUCUGUUUUUUUCCAGACAGUGGCAAGUAGGAACAAAUAAGACUAAUCUCUUAUAUGGUGCAUAUAGGUUAUAGUGCAUGUUGAUUCAUAUUUAUUCUGUAUAUUUCCAAAGCCUAUGUCUACAUAAGCGAGGAAUUAGCUCAGAUCUGUAGCCUUGAAACUGGUGGUGCUGAGGACCUGAUCUCCACACCAUACACAGUCUCUAGUUUGCUCCCAUGGGCUGAAUGGCACUAGUGACUGGAGCACAUCUUUUAGUUUCAUCCAAAAGGAAUCUAGUUCACAUCCUCAGGACUGCUCCAUCAUGCAAACUAAAGCUUUUUAAGUGAGGCCACUACACUGGACUGCCCCACAGGGAAGUAAAAUUCCUGUUAGCCCAUCUUUUGGCUAAAUAGAAGCCCUUUAUUGUUUCUUUUUCUCCCCCCAGGCUUUGCAUGGGUUUGUGGGGUUUUUUGCAUAGGUAUUUUUCUUUCAAAUCUGAGAUCUGAUUCCUCCUGUCAGAUCACAAGAAUCAAGGGCCCCUGACUUCUCCUAAGAUUACCUCCAAAUGUGCUCCAUAAGCCAGGAAUGUGACAUAGGACAGAGUAAGCCGGUAUGGGUACAGCAUGGGAAGUGCUGAGUCUGAUGAAGAGUUAACUGUGAUUCCACUUGUGGAUGUGAUUUUUAUCAUGAACAUGCUGGAUGCUUGCUAAUGCAUACAUUGUUUUUAUAUACUGCAUCACACAUAAAAAUUCCCUUCAUCAUUUUCCCAGGGUAUUUUUGUUCUUGUGGCCUUCCAGUUGUAUCUGUAUAUGUGUGCAUAUGUGCAUAUAUACAGUGUACAAGCAUUCUGAGCUUGUACUGCUCAGACAGUGGCUGCUAUAUGCUGCUAACAUAAACUUACUUAGUUCAUAUUAUGCUAUUUAUUUCAUGUAUUCUUUGGUUGCCUUGUAAUGCUGACAAGUGUAUUCAUAGUAGAUAUCACUGUAGACUUAGAAAACUUUCAUACUAUUUAUACUUAUUUUAGAUGUUCUGCUGUGUUUUCUUGCUAUAUGCUACUUAGUUUUUGCUCCCAUUUAGAGAAUGUGCUUCUGUGUACUUGCAAAAUUGUGCCUGGGUUAUUUUAAAAACUGAAUAAAUGUAUACAAUUUUCCAA